AUGACCAGAGAUGACUGGAUUUUUGCAGAGCAGGAGCAGAGCCAGAAGGAUGGGAGGGAAAGAGUCAGCGAGGGGAGACCGAAGAGAGCCGAGCCCAAAGCUGAUGGGCGACUAGCAGUGGCAGAAGGAGCUGUUGAGGCUCUUGCCAUCACUAGACUCAACCAUUUAGAGGUGAAAGAGUUGCAAGCUUGUCCAAGCCCUCGAUGGUGUCAUGCCAUGUGCCUGAGUGACCCUGAAACAGCUGUUUUGAUUGGUGGUGAGGGACCCAAUCAACAGUUCUGCAAGGAUGCUCUCUGGAAACUGGAAAUUGAUGAUGACUUCUGGUUCCCUAUGGACUGCCCAGGACAGAAUUCCAUGCCACAGUGUUCACGGGGUCAUACAGCCACCUAUGACCCGGACACCAAGCGCAUCUACAUCUUCGGUGGCCUAAGGGAAGGGAAGCGCUAUAGCAGCAUCCAUGUCCUGGACACAGCAUCUUGGAAGUGGCUUUGCAUAUCUGCCAAGGGGAAGGUGCCGACACUGGCUUAUCACAGUGCAACCAUCUAUCGAAAGGAGCUGUUUGUUUUUGGAGGUGCAUUCCCGAAAAGUUCAUCCCUGGAGCCUGGAGCCUGCAGUAAUUCGCUAUUUAUUUUCAACCCAGAGUAUGAGAUCUGGUACCAACCCAUUGUGGAGGGGGAGAAGCCUCUGCCUAGGCAUGGCCAUUCUGGCACCCUGUUGAGGGACAAGCUGAUUAUAUUUGGGGGCCAAAUGAGCUCUACAUACCUGAACGAUACCCAUAUCCUGGACCUAGGUUUCAUGGAAUAUACGCCAGUUCCUUUUCAUUCUGGACAGCCUUCUGCUCGCAGUUUCCAUGCUGCCAUGCCAGUGUCUGAACAGAAAGUGCUGAUAAGUGGGGGCUGUAAUGCCAAAGGAGCCUUUCAGGAUGCAUUCUCCUUUCAUCUGGAAACCUUAACUUGGAGUGCAGUGGUGCAUAGUGACCUCUGCUUGAUACCCCGGGCAGGCCACACGCUGCUGAACUUGACUUCCGACCACUUGACUGAUGUAGAUAAGGAGAGCCAAGGCAAGUGCAACCUGUGCACAGUGCUGGUCUUUGGAGGCUCAGACGGUGCUGGCAGGUUCUACAAUAGUACCAGCAAAAUUCAGCUGGACCUCAAGGAGGCAAGGGGAGCCUCCGGGGACCCAGUCUGAGCCAGUGGGAGUUCUAGGCCAGACUAAGCUGGGGCAGGAACAGAAAGAUGGUGCAUGUUGAGUGAAUAAAAGCAAAGAAACAAGGUGUACGAGUCAGCUGAUGAGGCUUUCACAGUAGUGUUGCCUCUCUAAAGGCUUCAACAGACCGCUACCACUUGGCCAUGAAUCGUCUCCCCGCUCCUUUUGUAGUCUUUUUAGUGGCUUUAUUGCAUCAGUUGCUUCUCCCAAACCCCGUAGUGAUC